AUAUAUCUCCAUGGCUGAUUAGACUGGCCGGGCACAUUCAAAAUGGCGGAGUGUGGAGCGAGCGGCAGCGGGAGCAGCGGGGACAGCCUGGACAAGAGCAUUACGCUGCCCCCCGACGAGAUCUUCCGCAACCUGGAGAACGCCAAGCGCUUCGCCAUAGAUAUAGGCGGCUCUCUGACCAAGCUGGCCUACUACUCCACUGUGCAGCACAAAGUGGCCCGAGUGCGCUCCUUUGACCACUCGGGCAAGGACACAGAGCAGGACCACGAGCCACCCUACGAGAUCUCCGUCCAGGAGGAGGUCACCGCCAGGCUGCACUUUGUCAAGUUCGAGAACACCUACAUAGAAGCCUGCCUGGACUUCAUCAAGGACCACCUGGUUAACACCGAGACGAAGGUCAUCCAGGCGACCGGGGGCGGGGCAUACAAGUUCAAAGACCUCAUUGAAGAGAAGCUGCAGCUGAAGGUUGACAAGGAGGACGUGAUGACCUGCCUGAUAAAGGGCUGCAACUUCGUGCUGAAAAACAUCCCGCACGAGGCGUUCGUCUACCAGAAGGACUCCGACCCCGAGUUCCGGUUCCAGACGAACCACCCCAACAUCUUCCCGUACCUUCUUGUCAACAUCGGCUCUGGCGUCUCCAUUGUGAAGGUAGAGACGGAGGACAGAUUCGAGUGGAUCGGCGGCAGCUCCAUCGGGGGUGGCACCUUCUGGGGGCUCGGGGCCCUGCUCACCAAAACCAAGAAGUUCGACGAGCUGCUGCACCUGGCGUCCCGAGGCCAGCACGCCAACGUGGACAUGCUGGUGCAGGACGUCUACGGAGGGGCACACCAGACGCUGGGGCUCAGCGGCAACCUCAUCGCCAGCAGCUUUGGGAAGUCGGCCACCGCGGACAGAGAGUUCUCCAGGGAGGACAUGGCCAAGAGCCUGCUGCACAUGAUCAGCAACGACAUCGGGCAGCUCGCCUGCCUCUACGCCAGGCUCCACUGCCUGGACCGGGUCUACUUCGGCGGCUUCUUCAUCCGCGGCCACCCGGUCACCAUGCGCACCAUCACCUACAGCAUCAAUUUCUUCUCCAAGGGGCAAGUCCAGGCGCUGUUCCUGAGGCACGAGGGCUAUCUGGGAGCCAUCGGCGCGUUUCUCAAGGGAGCCGAGCAAGACAACCCAAACCAGUACAGCUGGGGAGAGAACUACGCCGGCAGCUCCGGGCUGAUGAGCUCAUCGCCCGAGCUCUGCCCAACCCAGCGAGCCCGGAGCGGCACCUUUGACUUGCUGGAAAUGGACCGGCUGGAGCGGCCGCUGGUCAACCUACCUCUUCUCCUGGACCCUUCCUCCUACGUACCCGACACGGUCGACCUCACGGACGACGCCCUGGCCCGCAAGUACUGGCUCACCUGCUUCGAGGAGGCCCUGGACGGGGUGGUGAAGCGCGCCGUGGCCAGCCAGCCGGGCUCCGUGGACGCAGCCGAAAGGGCUGAGAAGUUCCGCCAGAAGUACUGGAACAAGCUGCAGACGCUGCGGCACCAGCCCUUCGCUUACGGGACGCUGACUGUGCGCAGCCUGUUGGACACGAGGGAGCACUGCCUGAAUGAGUUCAACUUCCCGGACCCCUACUCCAAGGUGAAGCAGCAGGACAACGGCGUGGCCCUGAAGUGUUUUCAGAGGGUGAUCCGCUCCCUGGACGCCCUGGGCUGGGAGGAGCGGCAGCUGGCCCUGGUGAAGGGGCUGCUGGCUGGCAACGUCUUCGACUGGGGAGCGAAAGCCGUCUCCGAUGUCCUUGAAUCCGAUCCCCAGUUUGGGUUCGAGGAGGCGAAGAAGAAGCUGCAAGAGCGACCCUGGCUUGUGGACUCCUACAGCAAGUGGCUGCAGAGACUGAAGGGGCCCCCUCACAAAUGUGCCUUAAUUUUCGCAGAUAACAGUGGAGUAGACGUCAUUUUGGGAGUCUUCCCCUUUGUCAGGGAGCUUCUCUCUAGAGGGACGGAGGUGAUCCUGGCGUGCAAUUCGGGCCCCGCCUUGAAUGACGUGACCUACAGCGAGUCCCUCAUCGUGGCCGAGCGCAUCGCGGCCAUGGACCCUGUCGUCCACUCGGCGCUGCGGGAAGAGAGGCUACUGCUGAUGCAGACGGGCUCCAGCUCCCCGUGCCUGGACCUCAGCCGCCUGGACAAGGGGCUGGCCGUGCUGGUGCGGGAGCGCGGCGCCGACCUGGUGGUCAUUGAGGGCAUGGGCCGAGCCGUCCACACCAACUACCACGCGGCCCUGCGCUGCGAGAGCCUCAAGCUGGCCGUCAUCAAGAACUCGUGGCUGGCUGAGCGGCUUGGCGGCCGCCUCUUCAGCGUCAUCUUCAAGUACGAGGUCCCGGCCGAGUGAGGCGCCGCCCCGCUCGCCGCUCGUCAGGCGCGCGUCUCGACGACAGCAGGGACACCACGCGCACACCAGAGUAUCUAUGUCGUGCUUCUGUGCCUCAGAGCCGGGGGCAUCCAGAUGCGGGCACGGCGCCCGUGGCCUUGGGUCGGGCUUCUUUAAGGCUGCCGUGCUCGUCGGGGGGAGACAGCGUCUGCUCCCUGAGACGCGCGUGUCGGAGUAUAUUUAACUGUUAAAUAAUCUUUUAUAUAUAUAUACAUAUAUAUAUAAAUAUAAAUAUAUACAUAUAUGCCUCUGACAGAGGAUGCCGGAGCCUCGGGGCGCAAACCAAAUAGAGUUUCCAGAGUGAGAACAGUG